ACUCACUCAUUCAUUGCAAAAGAAGCAGCUUUGCUUUGCCUUCUUUCUUGUCUUUUUGUGAAUUCUUCUGAAAUAUCAGUUUGUUCUGUGAUAAAACGACUCAAAAUGGAAAAUGCCGAAGAAGUCUUUCAUUUCUUAGAAGACUUUUCAAAGCGAAAGCCUAAAACUAUUCCCCAGGAACUCAACGAAUACUUAGCAUACGUAGCGCGUACCGGUGAUCCUGUAUACCAGUGGCCUUUAGUGAAAUGUUUAUUCAAGGAGAAGCUCUUGAACGUUAUAACUGACUUCUAUGAGACGACCCCGGGUAUCGACAUCCCGCCGUACCCCAACGUAGACCCGUUUAACUAUGACAUUAUGAAGAACAGCUUGCUGGAGCGCCUAGACGCUUUUACAUCGGCACCAUUCACCGUUCAAAGAAUCUGUGAACUCCUGACGUUCCCUCGUAAGCAGUACAAUAGAAUAGACAAAUUCAUGAGGGCUAUAGAGAAGAACAUACUAGUUGUUAGCACACGUGAGCCCGGAACUCAGCGCCAUCCUGAUCCUGAGCCUGAGAAUGGAGAAGUGGUAGAGCCUGUUGUGAACGGCUCCGACAGCAACUCGGAAUAUAACGUCGAUGUUGAGAUGGAGGAUAUGUCUUGGAAGGAGAAUGCGGAACAACAAAGCUCUGAACCACAGCCAAGCUCUUCAGACACACACAUUUCAGUAGAUGACAUAGAGGCGCGCCUUCAAGCUAAACAAAAUACUCCAAUGGAAACUCAGGAUAAGACACCUACUGAGUAUGAGUCUGUUACUCCACCAGAGCUUAAUGUCAGCACUCAUGAACCUGAUCCAGAAAAUAAAACUAGUGAUAUUUCAAUACCUGAAAUAAUACCUGCGGCUGAAGUUACUGAAAAAUCAGACUCUACUGACACAGCAGAAGCACCUGAUGAAGCUAAAACUGAAGUUGAAAUGAAAUUGGAUGUGUCUGAGAGUCCAGUCUUAGUCAUCCCAGAAAUAACAGUUGAUGAUGCAGAAAUGACUGAACAAAAGCUAAUAGAUCAAGCAGCAGAAUCAGAAAAAGAGGUGCCUCAAGAAGAAGAGGUGCCUGAAAAGGUUGAUGAUACUCCUGAAAUGAAGCCAGUGGAGGAACCAGCCACAGAACAACCAGUGUCUACAGAUGAGAGCAGCUCAGAUUCAACCAUGAAAGAUGAAGAACCUAAGCAUAUUUCUGAAGUGUCAACAUCUAGUGAAGAAAGCUCAUCAUCAAGUGACAAUACAGAUGGAAAUAGCAACUCUCCAAAAACUGUUGAAAAUAAUACUGAUAUAAUUCAAGAAGAAUCAAACCAAGAAACCAUUAAAUUAGAGGAACCUGUAAAAGAAGAGACUAAAGAACCAGAAAUUCCUCCCUGUGAAGAGAAAAAAGAGGAUCCACAACCUGUCAUUGAGUCUGAUAAUUAUUCCAUUUCUGACAUAAGUUCAGGGCUCCCCCAACCACCAGCUGAGGCUCCUAGUCAAGAAGAGACUCUAUCAGAAGAAGUAAAAGAUACACCAGAAAUUGAGAAGAAAGAGGAGGCUAAGACUGAAAGUGUAGAUAAGGAUACAGAAGGAGGAGAUUCAUAAGCUUCAAUUAUUAACAAUUUAACAUGGUAUAAGUUAAGAAUAAUAAAGGAUUGGACAUUAUUCUGAUCAAGAGGACUGAUGUUGAAUUUGAUCUGUUUAAUAACCAACAUUAGUAUUGAGAAAAAAUAACAGCAACAUGUGUGAUAAACAUAUGUAUUUUAGCAAGUCAGACACUAUUCAAGCGAAAUUAAAUUGGAAAUAAGAGGAAGUAGUGGAACACUGCCAAGCUGGAGACAAUUUUCGCACUUGGAAUGGUUCUAAUUGUCAUUAAGACAGCCAAAAGGAGUCAACAAAUAUUGCAUUUAUUCAUAAAUUUCAAACAUGAUUCACCAUUUGACAUUUGUUAGAUCAGAGAUUAGGGGUCUUCAAUUCAAACUGUAACUUGUGACCCUGCCCAUCUAGACCAAAAAAGAGCCAUACUAUUUGGCCCAUGAAAUAAAGCUAAAGCCUGGGUUGUGUUUGGGGGCCCAUGUUUUAGAC